GAUCCAUUACCCACCCCACCAACCGUCCCAGUUCAACCCCACACCGCACCCAUCCCCGAUCCAGAUUCCCUCCACCUCCUCUCCUCUCCUCUGCCGCCGGGAUCCCCUCCCGGUUCUUCUCCGGAAAGGGGAAGAGAAGCAGUGUGUGUCGGCGCGGCGGAGCAAUGGCGGACAAGCCGAGCCGGGCGCUGGUGCUGUACGCCGCCGACCACGCGGCGCUGCUCGCCGGGGGCGGAGGGGGGAAGGGCCAGCUCGACGCGUUCGCCUCCAUCGCCUCCUGCGGCUUCCUCUCCGUCCGCACCCCCGCGGUCAACGAGGAUGGAGGGGACAGGAACAGCGACUCGAUUCUCGAGCUGGCGCAGCUGCUCGACGUGUACGAUGCCCUCUACCCUGCCAAGGAUGGGGAAAUUGCCCGGGUGGAUCCGCAGGAGCUAGUAGUCCCCAAGCUAUCCGAGAGGUUCAUGGGGCUGAGAGCUGCUAUGGUCAGCAAUUGCCCCAGUGUUAGCUCAUUCGCGGCGAAUCUUGGCUUCCACCUUUUGGUUUUGUGAAGUGAAGUUGAAAAAUGCCAUUCUAAUGCAUGACAGGACAGGACUAAAUUAUUUUACAGUAGAUGCUACAUCAGUCUAUGUGCCAUUUUGUUGUGUUACGCAGUCAACCAUGGAGCAAUGAAUCAUCAUCCAAUGCUACUGGCACAGUGGCAACAAGGAGUAACACGUUCUGAUUUGGCCAAGGAGUUCUCUUUUGAGGAAUUUAUGAAGGUCUGCUUAAUGCACUUUUUAGAAUGUUUGCCUGAAUCAUAGAAACUUUAUCAAAUAAUACUAUAUAUGCAAGUUUGUUCCCGUGAUCCUGUUUAUUACUUUGUUUCUUCAGUUGUUUAUAAUGGACAAACACUGCAGUUCUCCCUUUUCCUAGUGUGGGUACUGGUGCCAGCAUUAGAAACAUGACGGUACCUUUUUUAGGAAAUAGAGUUUGUAGAUUAGAAUAAGCCAUGUAGUAUUGAUAUUAAUUCCUUGGGUAGUGGGCAGUUUAUGUGAUAAUAUAGUAACUAUGGUAUUACAAAUUCUCAACCUCCUCUUUUGAUUCGUAACAAAAUUAUUUUGAUAGAAUGGCAGGGCUUCUCUUCUGUAGAACCAACUUUACCCAGUUGCUUCCACAGAGCAACACCAAACUCCGCACUUAGCAUCAUUGUGUCAGUGCAACACCAAUUCAGCACUUAGAAUCAUUGUAUUUUGUCAUUUAACUUCAGUUUUGUAGGUAUGUGACAGAUUUAUUGCCCGUAAGCUUGUGCAACGGUUUUAUGACAAAGCCCUUGCGUUUGGUCUAAAGGGCUAUGCAAAGCUGCUUGUGGUGGCGACGCUGACGGUCGUCGAGAGGUUCGUGGACUGGAUGGUGUCGUGGCUGCCGAUGGAUUCCUUCGUCCGCUGGUGGUGAGGCACGAGCACGACAUCGAUCGAGGCCUGCUGGAGCUGAGGGUCAGGGCGAGGGACGUGACGGCGUCACAACUCAAGGCGGCGGCCGCCGUCGGUCAGGUGUGGCUCGCGAGGCUGCUCGGUGUGUUUCGUCGCAGCUACAGGCCACGUGAUCAGGCCGGGCAGGCUUCGCACAUUGACUAGGCACACAACACUAUGUGAUAGGAAUUAUACAUGAGUUGCCGCUAGCUACAAUGAGAAAUUGUGUGAUGGUGGAUACAACAAUUGUGUGACAAAAUGGAAUUGCUUCAUUUUUUUUAA